CUCCGCUAGGUAACCAAAGGCGCCUGUUAAAAUAUUGAUUGCAUUACUGACUCUUCUUCUUCCUCUCCAAACUAUGACAGAUUUUGAAGCAAUGGCAGAUGAAGUAUUAUCCAUUAACAAUUCAAAAAGUAGAUCUGACAUAUUAGCCGACCUAAAAUACACAAAAAAUGCAAAUGCUACCUUAAACCGAAUCUUCGAUGGCCAAUUUUUGAUUGGGACAGACCGCGAUCCUUCAAUACAAAAACCUGAGUUGAUCAUUUUGGACUCUGAUGAAGAGGAGGCAUUGUCUCAACCGGACAGAUCAACAUGUAACUCUUCUACUUCCAAUUUACAUGGAAGUAGUGUUUCACGACUAGCCGAUGAUUGGAAUAACUCUUUUCUCUCUUCAUCGCAGCCUCCAUCUCUACCAAUGAUUGAUAUUAACGAAAUGAGAAUGGAAUCAAACGGAAGGAAAACUAAUAGUCAAUUCAAUAACGACAAAUUGAAUGAUAUAAUUCUUAAUAAUGACGAUGAUAUGAAGGAAGACAAACUAUUCGAUAUGAACUCAAUUAUACUUAGCAAAACCAACUUUGACGACAAUAACCAAAUUUCACAACGAGUACACUUAACUGACAAAUAUGUACAACAAAAGCAAAAAGAGGGCCGUAAACAAGAUAACUCUGAGAAAGAAAUAAAGGAAGAUGUAAUUGAUAAGCUUCAGCUAUCAACUCUAUCUUCCCGCCACGAUAAUACUAGGGACAACAACGACGUUGAUGAUAAGCAAACACCUCGAAGAAGCAUCUUGUUUGAAAAUUAUAAUUAUAUAUAUAAUGUUGAAUUGUCUGAUGUUGCCGCUGAUGAACGUGACCUGUCCCUUGGACACGGAGAAAAAACCAAUGAUUUGUGUUUGUUGCUGGACGAGGAUGUUGACAGAAAGACCAGCUUUAACGGUGAAAUACAGCCCACUAAAAACAAUAAAAUUGAAUAUUCAGAAUAUAAUAUAAGCAGUGACUACGAGGAUGAUGUGGAUCAUUUGCCGUCUACUACAGAUUUUUUCGAAGAAUUAAUGACACAAACGAAAAAACCCAAAAAAUCUUUUGAGGUUUUUGAAAUUGAUGAUAGUGAUGAUGAAGAUAUCGUCACCUAUGGCAACAAAAGCAGUCCAAGAGUAAGUGAUUGGAAGGGCAAAAGAAAAGCGGCAGAGGCUUUCUCUGAAAUGAACGAUGAUUAUGUUGACUAUAAUAUUUUUGACAUCGAUUCACUACAACAACGACCACGCUAUCUCAACGAUUAUAGUGACAGUAGAAGUAGUAGUGUAGAAACCACUCUAACCGCUAAAGAAAGAAAAAAAUUAGAAGUAGACGAAAAGAAACGUCUUCGAGUUGAAGCUGCUGAAGAAAAGAAGCGGCAAAAAGCGCAAUUGGCAGAAGAGAAGAAACGCAUGAAAGAACAGAAGCUACUUGAAAAGGAAAGGCAGCAGCUUCUUGAGAAGGAAAAUCGAAUACGUAGCAACCGUAGCCAAAUUCUUCAAGAGAUGAUAAUUGAUGUCCAUCCGGACUUUAAAGCUUCUAAACCUGGUGAGCUUUUAGAACGCAUAUUGCAAGCAAAAGAGGCUGAGGUAACAGUACUUGAUCCUAGCGCUAAUCAUACCAUUGGUUGGCGACGAAAAAUCACUUCGGAAUGGGAUAACGAUAGCCAGGCUUUUAUACCCAUUGCACAUACCAAGGUUGUUCGUGAGUCGUUUAUUCUUGUGUAUAUGACGGCAUUACAAUUUGUUGACCGUAUUCAACGAAAAUCUAUGGAUGCCUUUAUUGAUAAGGUAGCCGAACCAAACUAUCAAAUACUGUUAAUGGUUGAAGGCUUGAGUCAGUAUUACAAAAAGAAGCUAUUGUAUAAAAGGCGUCAAUAUGAUAAUCAAGUGAGAAACGCUUUUCGAUCUGAAGAAGAGCAACAACAACCUUUAACGUCAUCACGUCGUAAAACUAAAACAUUAAAUGAACUAAUCAUCAAUGGACCUGAGCAGAACGUAAUUGAAGAAUAUUUGAACUAUCUCAUGUUAGUACGCAAUAUUAUGCUGGUUCCUACAAAAGAUGUUGAAGAUACUGCAAACUGGAUUGAAAGUCUUACGACAGAUCUAGCUCUUGGGCGUUACAAGUCGAGAAAUAUCAAUAAUUCAUAUCGUGUCAGCAAAUGUGGUACUGACCCUCAAGAUACUUAUAUUAAGAUGUUACAAGAAAUCCAAUUGUGUACACCAGCUGUAGCGAGAAGUGUCAUCAGUGCUUACCCAUCGUUGCAAAGGCUACAUAGAGCUUAUGAGAGGACACAAGGAAGAACAGCUGGUGAAUUGAUGCUGGCGGAUUUAGAGGUUGAGAGAAGUGCAUUACAACUACGGGAUCGUACAAUUAACAGAGCCAUGUCGAGGAAGAUAUACUCAAUCUUCACUAGUAGUGAUCCAGAAGAAAUAAUCUACUAAGGAGUCUCUAUCAUACAUUAUAUAUACCACUUAGCUUAUAUUGAUACCCCUUAUACCUUGUUUGAUAAAAUCUUGCAUAUUAAAUCAUCAGCAUUGUUUUUGGGCGAAAAUGCUAGAUUCUAAGAGCAGUGUCACUUCCACACUAUUUGUGAAUCAUAUGCAUAAACAUAGAACUCAUUUCGUUUAUCAAUUUCCAACUAAAAUAAUCAUGCAACCAAC